AUGCAGUCGCUGCAGGACAAGGCGUCGGAGUGGAGCGGCGUGGCGGCCGCCGACGCCUUCGCCAUCGACGAGGUCAACGUCUUCGAGGCGCUCGGCGGCACCCCGCAGCCCUUCGUCGACCUCUCCACCAACUUCUACACCAGGGUUUAUGAGGACGAGGAGGAGUGGUUCCGGGAGAUAUUCUCGGGUUCCAAGAAGGAGGACGCGAUCCAGAACCAGUACGAGUUCUUGGUUCAGCGGAUGGGCGGCCCGCCGCUAUUCUCCCAGAGGAGAGGACAUCCUGCCCUGAUAGGACGACAUCGACCAUUCCCAGUUACCCACCGAGCUGCGGAGCGAUGGCUGCAUCACAUGCAGCAAGCUCUGGAGACGACAGAAAGCAUAAACCCAGAUACAAAACCCAAAAUGAUGAAUUUUUUCAGGCACACUGCAUACUUCCUUGUCGCCGGUAAUGAGAUGACAAGGCAAACGCAAAGUGUACCUCCCUGCAAGCAUGCAACGAGCAAACCAGCCGAGUAA